AAAAUUAAAGGAAAAACACGUUUUUGGCUAGAAAUCAUAUAAAUCUGACAUGGAGCGACGCCUGAGACGCCCGCGUCGCGAGGAGGCUGCAGCGGCACCUCUCGCCUCCACACAGCCUAGCCUUCUGCCCGUUACCAGGCGGGCUGGCUCAGUGGCAGCUGCAGCAGCCGCCACUGGCCCUGCGACCCGGACACGUGUCUCGCCCUCGCGCAACAAGGUCGUUCAACCGAUCUCUGAAGUGGAACUGGCACCGCGCACAAGGCGCUCCAGCCGUCCUCGCUCCUCGGUCGGACCGAUGACUUCCUCUCUGCCCGUCAAGACAUCGGUCAAGUCGCCAACACCCAUCAGAGAGGUCCCUGAGGUAUCCUCGCCUGUGCGUCAAGCGACCAGCAAUUUGCCCAUGACCCUUACCACCAACACCGCUAGCCGUGCACCCAACAAAUCCUUUAACACCAGCUCCGUGAACAGCAGCAGCGCGGUGAACACCUACAGCAGCAGCAGCACAACCACUGAACACAUUGAGAUACGCACCGAAGGCGGGGGCGAAGUGGACAUCGACGCCAUACGCAAACGCAUCACAGAGAGAUUACGGCGAUCCGUGUCGAAGACCUUUUCUAGUUUGGGCGGAACCAAAGCCACCAACACAGACGAUGGCAGUCGCUAUAGUAGAAGUUUAUCGCGAUCGGUGUACGAAGACGAGAAGUCGUCGAAGCAUAGCUACUCAACGGGGGAGGAGGACCUGUACGAGGAGGAUGAACUGGAGGAGGAUGAGUUCCGCAGCUUCAAUGCCACACUUCAGUCGGCCAAUCAGGGAGAGACCUCGUGUCGCCAGAUGAAGUCUCCUAAGGAGUUUGGCGGCUGGCUGGGAGCCUUCCUCCUGUUGGUUGUGGUGCCCUUUUGUGUCUACUAUCUCACCUGGAGCUGCGCGGCGCGCAACAAUUGCCAAUUCAAGAACGUUAAUUUAGCGGUUCUGGUGGACUGGAACUAUCUGGCGCGCCAGGUUUUCCAAAUCCGAGUAGUAGGCGCCUUUGUGGCAUACCAAGUGGCUGUCUUCCUGCUGGUGGCCCUGUUGCCGGGACGGCGCGUACAUCUCACACGGGAGACCUACAAAUUCAACUCUUUGGCAGUGGCUAUGGUCCUGAUCAUAGCCGGUGGCUAUGCCGAGUAUAAGAAGUAUCCCGUCGUGAGCUAUAUACUGCGUCACUAUCUGCGAUUCUGCAUCUUUGGGAUAGUGAGUGCUUUCGUUGCGGCCGCCUGGAGCUAUUGGCGCGUGGACACCGCCAAGUACAAUGUGCUCAGGCACAAUGUGUCGAACGAAUACGGUCGCACCGGCAACUUUGUAGUGGACUUUGCCCUCGGCAGGCAGCUGAACCCCAAGUGGAUGGGACGAGUGGACUGGAAGCAAUACUACUACCGUCUGUCCAUGGUUAGCACCCUUCUGUAUGCGACAUGCUACAUCUACCAGACCCUGCAGUGGCCCAAGCCACAUCCGAUGACGGACGGGAUCACCUUGGCGCGCUAUUACAUUAACAAUACCCACUACGAUCCGGCCACAUUGCUCUCGGCCAGCUGCCUGCUGCUCUACGUCCUCGACGCGGUUGUCUUUGAGCACCAUUUGAGCUCGUCCUUCGAACUGCAGUACGAGGGCUACGGCUGCCUCCUGCUGCUGCGCUAUGCCGCCACUCCCUACCUGCUGACCGCCGUCACGAAAUACUUCUACGAUCAGCGCGUGCCCAUCACCUGUUGGUAUGCCCCCAUCGGAGUCGUCGCCCUGCUGUUGCUCGGCCUCUGCGUGAAGCGCUUCAGCAGCGCCUACAAGUACAAGUACAGGCUUAACUCUCAGAACCCCAUAUUUUCCAACAUCGAGACGAUUCACACCUUCCAGGGCAACCGCAUCCUGCUGACAGGCCUCUGGGGCCAUGUGCGUCAGCCCAACUACUUGGGGGACAUCAUUGCCUUGGUGGCUCUGGCAGCACCCAUGUCGCUGCGUCUGGCCUGGCCCCCAGUGUUGGGGCUGGUACUGCUAGUCCUGGUGCUUCUGCAUCGCACCACGCGCUCGAAUGCCCGCAACCAUGCGCGCUACCACUCUGCAUGGAAUCGCUACUGCGCCCGGGUGCGGUACUCCAUUCUGCCGAGAGUCUUCUAAGAGAUAACACUAUUAUUUAUGAAAUUUUCAGUUCAGUUUUGUUUUUUAUUUCUGUGACCAUUUCGUCUUUAGUUCUGUAUUGAUUUACAUUGUGUUUCGAAUUGUAUAUAUCAAUACUCGUGACUCCAUUACACACAACACCAUCUCUCAUUGAUUUUAGUACAAAAUUUGAUUUUAUUCUCACCAACGUACAACCGACGGACACUUAACACUUAAAUAAGCUUAGUUAAACCCACACAAUUGUAGCUCUAUGAACAUCUGUCUGUAUAAUGGGCUAAUAUACGCUUAAGAUUUAGAAGCCAUAAAUAUUCAUUACUCUCUGUAUAAUACACGUACGAAUA